GUGUGAUCUGUGUUACAGGUGUGAACUGUUGCCCAUUUGUAAAGACCCUUGCUACAUGUCCAAGGUCACCGGGAGGAAGAUACACCCACCGGAAGGGAGAAAUGAACAAAGUCGGGUGCAGGAACGGGUGUAGAAACGUCACUUUUCUGAGCGGCUGGCUAAGUGGGGCCGUUAGACAAUGGACACGAUGUUCAUUCUGAUUCUGUGUUUGAUGGUGGCCUGCUCGCAGGCAGGGUUAAACGAUAUUUCUGGCCGGCAGCUACGGGACAUGUUGGAGGAUGAGGAGUUCGUGGACCAUGCCAGCAGAGUGGUGCAGGCUGCUGAUGCAGCUGGCUAUGAGGUCGCUGCUCUGUACGGCGAAAGCUUGGAGACUGGAGAACACAGACGCCUCACAAAAAGAGACAUUGAAGCCCACGUCGCACAUCCGUCGACAGAGUCCAGAAACUUCCAGCUGCGCCUCACUUCCGGAGAGCGACUGCACAUGUCGCUUACCAAACGUAGCGUUCUGGCCCCGGACCUGACAGUCGUAGAGCGCUUGCAGAAUGGAACCGGAAAGAGUCGCCCGCAAGUCCGCGAUUGCUUCUUCAGCGGCUCCCUGGAGUCAGGACACGCUUCACUAUCGCUGUGUGAUGGAAAAGUGACUGGGGCUAUUCACUCGAAAGACCGCGACAUCCAGUUGCAUCCACUUCCGGAAGACGUGGCUUGGAACCAUCAUGAUGAGGGUGAUCCCCCUUUGCUAAUGUUACUCACAUGGUCGAAUGUAACAGAUGAUGAACCUCCUAGCCCAGCAGACUUUAUUGAGGUGCAGGAAAACGACACUAAAUAUAACAGCAAGAAACCAAAAGGCAAACGCUCCGUGAAAGACAAGAAUAUGACGAUAGAGGUUGGCGUCUACCUGGACCGACUCUUCAUAAAAAAGGUACAAGAAAGCCUUGGAAUCUCCUCAAACCAGGAGCUCACGGAACUAAUUGCUGCAAAAUGGAGUGGUAUUUCGGGUGUUCUGAACAGCCCCUCUAUGAGACAGUACGGGUGGAACAUUAAUAUCAAGAUUGUCAGUUUGGAAAUCUGGCGAAAGAACCCGUCCUGGUACAACGACUCGCUAAGAGCUCUUGGACAACGUUUGAAGAUGGUUUGCGAGAACACCCAGCGUCAACCUUUCGACUACGUGUCCAUCGAAACUGCGGAAACCGAUGUAAUGAAACGAAGGGGACUGGCAUACCUAAGGACAAUCUGCGAACCGAGGUGGCGCUGCGGUAUCACCAAGGAACGGGCAGACAGUUUGUGUUUGAGAUCCAUGAGCUGGGCCACAGCCUGGGGCUGAUGCACGACUACCAGAUGCCCCAGUGUUCAGGACAGAAGAAAGGUUUCAUGGCUAACGUACAGUCAGUGCUCAGUCCCUGCUAUGCUAAAACUCUCGACUCCCUCUUCAGGCAACCCGCAGCAGCUUGUCUGUUUCAAGAUAGCGUCUAUACACAGCGCUCUAACCCAGUCAACAUUAAGCCAUAGAAAAUGAGCUUGGAGAUGAUCGUCAUCACGAUGAUGUAAUAAUAUGAUAUUGACACACGUGCGCGAACACACUUGCACACUUAUGGCCAGGCAGGCACACAUGCAGAUGUAUGACAAACACUGAGGUACACACUAAUACACUAUACAACUACUACGAAGUCAUGUGCACGUCGACAGCAAAGACACAAAUUAAUCCUCUUCCUUCAUCUCAUCAUGCAAGUCGUCUUAGAUUGUUUUCCUUGUCUUUCAGAUCUCAGAGGGUUGUGUGAAUGAAUUGUUGAAUAUUUACGCUGUAUCCUGUUUACAUUUUUCUUGAGUACAGCAUGUGGGAAACAUUAUUCUUUGCACAGUUCAGUCUCGUCACCAGCCCUGAAAUUAAAAAUGAAAACAACCUACAAUGAUAUGUCUGAGCAAUGCUUUAUGCCCCCCCCCCCCCAAAAAAAAAAAAAAAAAAAAAAGUGAACUAAUCCGAAACAGCGGCUCAUGGUCCACACAGACGAAUUAUGGGUUUGAAAUUUUCCGAUUUUGAUGUGGGCUUAUCUGAACAACAUUUGUACUUGCUGCGAAAUAAAUUGUGGAAUCAUUGUCUGGAAACUACAUUCAGCCUCUGUUGGCUUGAAACGAUCAGUCUUUUUUUUUUUUUUUUUUUAUUAAAGUGAAUUCCAAACAGA